UUUGAGAUAAGAUAUCAACAUAGGUCAAGUGCUAUUCUUUGGUACGAGUCGGACAAGACAUCAUGCUGCGGUUUGCUGUUUUAGUGGUAUUUUGGGGGGCAGCGAAUGCCAUUGUUUGUGUUCCUGAGUUGUGUUCCCAGGUGAAGCAAGCUCCCCUCAACUGCGCUGGUUCUAUCAUCAAGGGGGGAGGAUUCUGUGGCUGCUCUGAUGCAUGUGCCAAGGUUGCGGGAGAGGUGUGCCAGGCCACGUACAUGCACGGGAUAAUACCUCAGGGGUCUUGUGACACGGGUUUGGUUUGCAAGAAGGACCAGAUGGCUAUUUUUGGUGCGGGCACCUGUGUCAAGGACACAUCCAAGAGAUCGACGAAGACUAAAUGUGAGCAGAUGAGGAUGGCGUCGUUGAUAACCAUGGUUGUUUACGCUAGCAAGUGGACGCCAACCUGUGACGCCGAUGGUAACUUCACACCUCAGCAGUGCGACUUCUCAGGUCACUGUUUCUGUGUGGACUCAAUGGGAGUUAUGCAAGGAAGCAAGGUCCUUGGGAAGGUCAACUGUCCCUCUCAAUAACCACACAGCCUUCAUGUACCUUGCAGAAAUAAAAUAUCAUUCUUUCCA